AUGUAUAUACUUGUUGGGAGGUGUGGGAUUGAAGAAGAUUCACGGAUCAGAACUAGCAUAAUUGAUAAGAUAAAAGAUGAAAACAUUAAGCAAACAAUACGAAAUGUUUGGCUUCCAAAGUUUCAAGAUACAUUAAAAGAAUUGAAUGAAUUAACAUUCGCAACAGGUGAUGCUUCCAUUGAUCUAAAUGAAAAGAUGUAUUUUGAAUUGUUACUUGAAAUUUCUGAUAGGGAUGCUGCUUUUUUUAAACAUGCAGGUAACUUAUUAUCGAUAGUUAAUUGUAUGGCAGAGCCUAAAGGUAAAGAUAUAGCAGAAUCAGUAGUGGAAAAUAUGGUUCGUAGUAUGAAGAGAUUAUUAAUUGCAUAUUCUGUUGAAGAUAAUAAUGCAAUGAAAACGUCAGCAGUGCGUAUAGGUAUUAACAAAAGAGAUAAAGAAGCAACAAUGAGGGAAGUAAAAUGUGUAGCAAAAAUUCUGUAUUUGAGUGCUGAUAAAAACGGAGUAUCUAAUGAAACUAAAGAAUCUGUCAAUGAAGAUAUUAAGAAGUUUAUUUCGUGUUAUGAAAAAUUGAUACAGAAUAACAUACAGGAAUCAAAACUCUCAAUAAAUAUAGCGAAUGAUAGAAUGAAGAGUACAGAAGCAAAUAAUGAGAUUGUUAAUAGUAGUGUAGCAGGAAUAAUGAUGAAUGAGGAUAGAAAUAUGUAA